GGACGACGAGUACAAGCAGAAGGCCAUCGAGCGCCUCCAGGGUGCCGUCCGCAUUCGCACUGAGUCGUUCGACGACAUGGCCGGGCCCGAGGACCCGCGCUUCGACGUCAUGGGCAACCUGCACGCCUACCUCGAGCAAACGUUCCCGCGCGUCUACUCGAAACUCGACGUCGAGAAGAUCCAGAAGUGGGGCCUGCUCUUGACGUGGAAGGGCACCGACGAGCACCUCAAGCCUGUCGUCCUCAUGGCGCACCAGGACACGGUCCCCGUCAACCCGUCGACCAUCGACCAGUGGACGUACCCGCCGUUCGACGCCCACCUCGACGAGAGUGGCUGGAUCUGGGGCCGUGGUGUCGCCGACUGCAAGAACACGCUCAUCGGCCUCUUUGCCGCGCUCGACAGGCUCAUCGAGGACGACUUUACGCCGACUCGGACCAUCAUCCUCUCGUCCGGGUUCGACGAGGAGAUUGGCGGCCACCGCUCGGCGGCGUACCUCGCGUCGACGAUCGAGUCGCGCUACGGCAAGGACGGCGUCGCGCUCGUGCUCGACGAGGGCUUCACGGGCGUCGACACGGCGUACGGCGUGCCGUUUGCGCGGUUCGGCAUGGCCGAGAAGGGCGCCGUCAGCGUCCAGAUCGAGGUCCUCACGACGGGCGGCCACUCGUCUGUGCCCUUGUCGGCCCACACGGGCAUCGGCGUCCUCGCGCAGUGCAUCACGGCGCUCGAGGCGCACCCGGCGACGCCGCUCCUCCAGAAGGGCAACCCGCUCCUGCAGCAGCUCCAGUGCGCGGCCGACCACGGCGACGUCGACAAGCAGUGGCGCCGGCGCAUCCGCAACCCGAAGCAGUGGAAGAAUAUUGGGCUCGAGAUGGCCAAGCAGGACCCGAUCGCGAGGGCGUUCCUCGGCACGACGCAGGCGGUCGACCUCAUCGAGGGCGGCGUCAAGCUCAACGCGCUUCCCGAGUACGCCUCGGCGUCGGUCAACUACCGCAUCGACUUUCUCUCGUCGGUCAACUCGACGCUCGAGCACAUCUCGUCGAUCCUCGAGCCCGUCGUCGCCGACCUCAACCUCACCUUUUCGAGCUACGGCUCGCACCCCAAGGUCGACAACAACGUCGUGCGCCUGUCGAUGGUGGGCACGAGCGCGAUCGAGCCCGCGCCGCUCACGCCGACCGAUGGCGACGCGUGGGAGCUCAUGGCUGGCACGACGAGGCACAUCUGGGAGGGCGCUGUCGUCGCGCCGAGCGGCAUGGUCGCCAACACCGACACCAAGUACUCGUGGCCGCUCUCGCGGCACAUCUACCGCUUCGUGCCCGGCUCGCUCGACCUCAUCAAGAAUUUCCACACGGUCGACGAGCGGAUCCACAUCGACGCGCACCUGACGGGCGUGCGGUUCUUCUACAAGCUCUUGCGCAACACGGAGGGGUGGCAGGCGGCCUGAGCGUGUCGACAGGUCGAGGGAGGUGGUCGGUCGGGAGGCGAGGCGAGAACGGGCGAUUAGAGGAGGCGACCCGCAACGAGAACACUUUUCUGUGACCCGUU